UCGAGCUGCAUUCCUCUCCAUUCAAACGAAGGGAACCGGCGUGGUGAGCGUACUAGUACUCCGUGACGAGUGAAAAUGUCCCUAAGUUUUGGAAGUUAACCAUGGCAAGGAUAUCUAACCCAAGGAUCACUUAAAUUUGGCUCCCACCUGUGCCACUGUGGAUGAUGCUCUGGAUGACAACUCCGAACACAGAGAGAAAGACACCGGAUCAAUAGGAGCUUUCCUCCCCUUCUCCUCUGUCCAUCCACCCUCCUUCCAGGGGAAUAUAAGCUAGAAUAUAAACAGACACGGACUAGGUGCCGGAGUGAACCCACCUCCCCCAUCCCUUCCCCCAGCCUUGCCUCCCGCAAACCCCAGAUAUGUGGCCCCUAAUGAGGUCACUCGCUGCCCCACGCCUGAGGAACCUGCUCCUUCUGGGGAUGCUGGUCCUCUUGGCGGUCCCAUCCCGUACCAGAGGUCAACCCCAGCCCUUCAAAUCCUUUUCCCCACCAGACUGGGGGCUGACACACCUGGCCAUCCACAACAAGACAGGUGAGGUCUACGUCGGCACGGUCAACUGGAUUUUCAAACUCUCCAGCAACCUUACCAAGCUGCGGAGCCACAUGACUGGACCUGUGGUGGACAACGAGAAGUGCUAUCCCCCGCCCAGCGUCCAGUCGUGCCCCCACGACCUUGCCCAGACCAGCAACGUCAACAAGCUGCUUCUCAUCGACUACGCCCAGAACCGGCUCAUUGCCUGUGGGAGCACCUCCCAGGGAAUCUGCCAGUUCCUCAGGCUGGACGACCUGUUCAAACUGGGUGAGCCGCACCACCGUAAGGAGCACUACCUGUCCAGCGUGACCGAGUCUGGCACCAUGUCCGGGGUCAUCAUCACCUCCUCCCACGGCCCCGCCAGCAAGCUCUUCAUCGGUACACCCAUUGAUGGCAAGUCCGAGUACUUCCCCACACUCUCCAGCCGCAAGCUGAUGUCCAACGAGGAGAACGCUGACAUGUUCAGCUUCGUCUAUCAGGAUGAGUUUGUCUCCUCGCAGCUCAAGAUCCCUUCGGACACUCUCAGCAAAUUCCCCGCCUUUGAUAUCUACUAUAUCUACGGCUUCAGCAGCGAACAGUUUGUCUACUACCUGACCAUGCAGCUGGACACUCAGCUCACCUCGCCUGAUGCCUCCGGCGAACAGUUCUUCACCUCCAAGAUCGUCCGCCUCUGCGUGGACGACCCCAAGUUCUACUCGUAUGUGGAGUUCCCCAUCGGCUGUACAAAGGACGGGGUGGAGUAUCGUCUAGUCCAGGAUGCCUACCUCAGCCGGCCCGGCAAGCAGUUGGCCGACUCCUUAGGAAUUUCCGAAGACGAGGACAUCCUGUUCACUGUGUUCUCACAGGGCCAGAAGAACCGGGCCAAGCCGCCCAAGGAGUCAGCCCUGUGCCUGUUCACGCUGCGCCGCAUCAAGGAGAAGAUCAAGGAGCGCAUCCAGUCCUGCUACCGGGGAGAGGGGAAGCUCUCACUACCCUGGCUGCUCAACAAGGAACUGGCCUGCAUCAACUCACCUCUCCAGAUCGAUGACAACUUCUGCGGCCAGGACUUUAACCAGCCUCUGGGCGGGACCAGCACCAUAGAAGGAAUACCGCUCUUCAUCGACAAGGACGACGGCAUGACCUCGGUGGCCGCCUACGAUUACCGCGGCAACACUGUGGCCUUUGUUGGCACGCGCAACGGCAGGAUGAAGAAGAUCCUGGUUAACUCAGUGAGUCCCACGCGUCCAGCUCUGCUCUAUGAGAACCUGGUUGUGAGUGAUGGCUCCAGCCCCAUCCUCCAAGACCUGCUCUUCUCUCCUGACCUCCAACACAUCUACACACUCUCCGACAAACAGGUGAGCAGGGUACCAGUAGAGAGCUGUGAACAGUACUCCACCUGUGGCCAGUGCCUGGGCUCCAAAGACCCCCACUGUGGCUGGUGUGUCCUCCACAACGUGUGUUCCCGUAAGGACAGAUGUGAGAGAGCAGAUGAACCCCAGCGGUUUGCCUCAGACCAGCGUCAGUGUGUGGAGCUCAGUGUUCAGCCCAAGAACAUCUCUGUCACCAUGUCCCAAGUCCAGCUGGUGCUGGAGGCGCGUAACGUCCCUGACCUCUCUGCGGGGGUCAACUGCUCCUUCGGGGGAUACGUGGAGACGGAGGGGCGCAUCCAGGGGAGCCACAUCUACUGCUUGUCCCCCUCGGCUCACAAUGUCAUCCCCAUCACCCGCAACAAAGGGGACAAGCGCAUGGUGAAGCUCUACCUCAAGUCCAAGGAGACGGGCAAGACGUUCGCCGGCGUGGACUUUGUAUUCUACAACUGCAGCGUGCACUCGUCGUGCCUGUCGUGUGUGAACGGCUCCUUCCCGUGCCACUGGUGUAAGUACCGUCACAUCUGCACCCAGAACGCCAACGACUGCUCCUUCCAGGAGGGCCACGUCAACGUGUCCGAGGACUGUCCCCAGAUCCUGCCCUCUACCCAGAUUUACAUCCCUGUGGGCGUGACCAAGCCAAUCACCCUGGCCGCCCGCAACCUGCCCCAGCCCCAGUCUGGCCAGAAGAACUACGAGUGUGUGUUCCACGUGCAAGGAGAGGUGCACAGCAUCACCGCCCUGCGCUUCAACAGUACCAGCAUCCAGUGUCAGAAGACCUCGUAUAACUACGAGGGUAAUGACAUCAGCGACCUGCCCGUGGACCUAUCGGUGGUGUGGAAUGGCAACUUUGUCAUCGACAAUCCCUACAACAUCCAAGCCCACCUCUACAAGUGCCCUGCUUUGAGGGACAGCUGUGGCAUGUGUCUGAAGGCUGACCCCAGGUUUGAGUGUGGCUGGUGUGUCCAGGGGAAGAAGUGUUCUCUAAGGCAGGAGUGUGCCCCGCUGGAGAGUAGCUGGAUGCUCGCCACCACCGGAAACAGCCGCUGUGCCCACCCCAAGAUUACCAAGUUGUCUCCAGAGACGGGUCCCAGACAGGGGGGAACCAUGCUGACCAUCACAGGGGAGAACCUGGGUCUGCAGUUCAAGGACAUCCAGACAGGGGUCCGCAUCGGCAAGGUGGCCUGCACCCCCAUGGAGGCAGAGUACAUCAGCGCUGAACAGAUCGUGUGCAAGCUGGCUGAUGCGACAGGUUACCGGGUUCAGGAGGCUCACGUGGAAGUAUGUGUGAGGGACUGCACACACACCGACUACAAAGUCAUCUCACCCAAGGCCUUCACUUUUGUGUCUCCCUAUUUCACGCGUGUACAGCCCUCUAAGGGCCCCCUCUCGGGGGGAACUCGCAUCACCAUUGAGGGGAGCCACCUCAACGCGGGCAGCGCUGUGGCUGUCAAGAUCGGCCUCCAUCCCUGCCGCUUCGAGAGGCGGAGUGCCAGGGAGAUGGUGUGUGUGACCCCGGAGGGUCAGAGUCCUGGAGGUACCCCCGUCAUGGUGGACAUCAACUCAGCUGAGCUCAGGAACCCAGAGGUCAAAUUCAUCUACACCGAUGACCCCACCAUCCUCAAGAUUGAACCUGACUGGAGCAUCGCUAGUGGCGGAACCAUGUUGACCAUCACCGGCACCAACCUGGCUACCAUCAAGGAGCCCAAGAUGAGAGCCAAGUAUGGGAAAGCACAAUCUGUCAACAACUGCACAGUGCUCAACAACACUGUUAUGAUGUGUCUUGCGCCCUCUCUGGCCUUCUCUGAGAAGGUCUUCUCAGAGACAGGCAGUGGUCCCGACGAGAUCGGCUUCGUCAUGGACGACGUGCGCGCAACGCUUGUGGUCAACGAGACGUUCAGCUUCUACCCAGACCCUGUGAUCGAGCCUCUCAGCCCCACGGGCCUGCUGGAGCUCAAGCCCAGCUCCCCACUCAUCCUCAAGGGUAAGAACCUGAUACCGGCAGCCCCUGGUAACUCUCGUCUCAACUACACGGUGCUGAUCGGUGACACGCCCUGUGUCCUCACCCUGUCAGAGAGCCAGCUGCUCUGUGAGUGGCCCAACCUCACUGGAGAACACAAAGUUACCGUACGUGUGGGGGGCUUUGAGUACUCCCCCGGUACCCUCCAGAUCUACUCUGACAGCCUGCUCACCCUGCCCGCCAUCAUCGGCAUCGGAGGGGGCGGCGGCCUGCUCCUAUUGGUCAUCAUCGUCGUGCUCAUCGCUUACAAGAGGAAGUCGCGGGAUGCCGACCGCACGCUGAAACGCCUGCAGCUGCAGAUGGACAACCUGGAGUCCCGAGUGGCGCUGGAGUGCAAGGAGGCCUUUGCAGAGCUUCAGACAGAUAUCCAUGAGCUGACCCAGGAGCUGGACGGAACGGGCAUCCCCUUCCUGGACUACAGAACCUACGCCAUGAGGGUCCUCUUCCCCGGCAUCGAGGACCACCCCGUGCUCAAAGAGAUGGAGGUCCAGGCCAAUGUGGAGAAGGGUCUCACCCUGUUCGGCCAGCUGCUCACCAAGAAGCACUUCCUGUUGACCUUUAUCCGCACGCUGGAGGCCCAACGCUCCUUCUCCAUGCGUGACCGCGGCAAUGUGGCAUCGCUGGUCAUGACGGCGCUCCAGGGAGAGAUGGAAUACGCCACGGGGGUGUUGAAACAGCUGCUGUCCGACCUCAUCGACAAGAACCUGGAGAGCAAGAACCACCCCAAGCUACUGUUGAGAAGGACGGAGUCGGUGGCUGAGAAGAUGCUCACCAACUGGUUCACGUUCCUUCUCUACAAGUUCCUCAAGGAGUGUGCUGGAGAACCCCUGUUCAUGCUGUACUGUGCGAUCAAGCAGCAGAUGGAGAAGGGGCCUAUAGACUCCAUUACAGGAGAGGCUCGCUACUCCCUCAGUGAGGACAAGCUCAUCAGACAGCAGAUCGACUACAAGACCCUGACUUUGCACUGUGUGAACCCGGAGAACGAGAAUGCCCCGGAGGUGACAGUGAAGGGGCUGAACUGUGACACGGUGACCCAGGUGAAGGAGAAGCUGCUAGAUGCUGUGUUCAAGGGCAGCCCUUACUCCCAGAGACCCAAGGCUGGAGAUAUGGACCUGGAGUGGCGUCAGGGCAGGAUGGCCAGGAUCAUUCUCCAGGAUGAGGACGUCACCACCAAGAUAGACAAUGACUGGAAGAGACUCAACACACUGGCCCACUACCAGGUGACGGACGGCUCAGUGAUAGCCCUGGUGCCCAAGCAGAACUCUGCCUACAACAUCUCCACCUCCUCCACCUUCACCAAGUCCCUCAACAGAUACGAGAGUAUGUUGAGGACGGCCAGUAGUCCAGACAGCCUGCGUUCUAGGACACCCAUGAUCACGCCUGACCUGGAGAGUGGUACCAAGCUGUGGCACCUGGUCAAGAACCACGACCACUCGGACCAGCGUGAGGGCGACCGUGGCAGCAAGAUGGUCUCUGAGAUAUACCUGACCAGGCUAUUGGCUACUAAGGGUACAUUGCAGAAGUUUGUAGACGACCUGUUUGAGACUAUCUUCAGUACGGCCCAUCGAGGCAGCGCCCUGCCACUCGCCAUCAAGUACAUGUUUGACUUCCUGGAUGAGCAGGCCGACAAGCACUCCAUCUCCGACUUGGACGUACGGCACACCUGGAAGAGCAACUGUCUUCCUCUGCGGUUCUGGGUGAACGUGAUCAAGAACCCCCAGUUUGUGUUCGACAUCCACAAGAACAGCAUCACGGACGCCUGUCUGUCUGUGGUGGCCCAGACCUUCAUGGACUCCUGCUCCACCUCAGAACACAAGCUGGGCAAAGACUCGCCCUCCAACAAGCUGCUCUACGCUAAAGACAUUCCCAACUACAAGAACUGGGUGGAACGGUACUACUCAGAUAUCUCGCGGAUGCCCGUCAUCAGUGACCAGGACAUGAGUGCGUACCUGGCGGAGCAGUCGCGGCUCCACCUCAGCCAGUUCAACAGCAUGAGCGCCCUGCACGAAAUCUACUCCUACAUUGUCAAGUACAAGGACGAGAUUCUUACGGCUUUGGAGAGGGACGAGCAGUCACGGAGGCAGAGACUGAGGAGCAAGCUGGAGCAGGUCAUCAACACAAUGGCCCUGGCCAGCUGAGGGACUGACCCUUACUCUCCUCCUCUUCUCCAUCUUCCUCUCUUUCUCUCCUCACCCAGAGGAAAUUAAACUCAGACAGCGUGGUUUUCAAUCCCCCCUCUCUAAAACAUGUGAUGGAGUUACUGCAAAGGACAGAACAGGGGGGAUUCAGCAGUACUGGGCGGGCCUGUGUGUGUGUGUGUAAAUGCGGGUCUAUAUGUGUGUGUCAGACCAGGGCACUGUAUGUUUCGUCGCACACACACCGAGAGACAGCAUCACCGAAAAGCAUUUUGAUUAUCGUCGCUGUUGUCAUGGUUUUAGUUAUUUUCUGUCGGUUUUCCUGAGUUUUGGUGUCAUCAAAGCCAUGUCUCGUAUAGCCAGGAUGGGACAUUUUGAAAUGGAAUUCCAUUUUGGCGUCACAAACUGGACAUAACAUUAUUUGGCAUCCUCGGAGCCAAUGGGAGAUAAGCUCCUCGGGUCACAUGUCUCCUGUAGGAGUCGAAGAUCAAUGACUUGAAUUUUUUUUCUCCCAUUUUUUUAUUUUAUUAUUUUUUGUAAUAAACUACCCACUAUGUGAUCUCUAGCCACCUGUGUUACUGCUGAAUUUGCACAAUUUACAAAAACUUUACAAAGGAAGACUAUAUAGAUAUUAUAUAUAAAUACAACUACCGUUUUUUAAGAAAUGAAUAUUAUGGUUAAAACAUUUUUCAGCUUUUAACCGACAAACACAAUUAAAAAAACACAAAAAACAUCAACAACGAAACUUUGAUUUGAUAUUUCCAGCAAAAAAAAAUCUAGGUAGAAAGAGUAAAAAACGAACGAAAAAAAGAAACAAAAAAGUUGUACUGUGCCAUGUUUUCUUUGAAUGUUGUUUAGUGCAAAGACAUUUUAUUAGAUGGAAUGUGCUACCGUAUGAUUUAAAUAUGAACAUGCUUAGUGACUGAAAAAUAAUUGUUGAAGUAAUAAAAGAAAGGAAGGUACUUUGCCCCUUAGGGCUACCAUAAGAAGGCCAUCCCAUAAUAUUGUCACUUUUCUGUAUGAGAAAGUUGCAAUCUCAGUUUUUGACAAGCAAACACACUCACGCAAGCAUUGCUUCUUUUCCAGUUCAGAUGGAAUCUAGUAUGAAGGUUCAUGUUCAUCUUCCAGGGCUAAAGAAUUUGACAGCUUGUCCUACAGUGGUUGACCAAUGGAGAGCAUUGCACUACUUGAACCAAUAACAAUCUAUAGGCUACCCCAUAACCAGUUAGCAUUACCACAUCUGAUGUCUUACCUGGUUGAAUAAGGGUUAAAGAAAUAGCUAAAUUGGGUCAGAUAAGGUUUUACUGAGCCUCUUAGUCUGAAACAACAAAGUGGGGAAAGACAGAAAGCCUUUUCCAGCCCUGGGCCCUUCUCGCUCAUCUCUUCUCAAUGCUAUUCUGCAGAUAAUAAGCAAGGUGAUGGUAGUGUGGUAAAGACUGCUUCUUUUCUCCUAAUCCAGAGAUCGGAGACAGGCUGGGGCUUUAGCUCUCACCCAAAGGGGGGUCUGGUCUGUAGAGGGGGGAGGCCCCCUCCACUCAUUAGCAACAUAAGGCUAAGUAAUCCCUUAGCGCCCCUGGACAUUGUUUCUAUCUAAACAAGCCCUAUUGCCAUGUGUGGCUUAAGCUGUUUUUCAAUACUUCUCUCUUCUCUUGAGAGGAUUUUUAAUUCUCUCUCUUCUGUUUUUGAAGUUUUGGAGGUUUGAAUUUGUGGUGCGAAAUUUUUAUAUAUAUUUUUUUUUUUUCUUCUGUUUUCUCUGCUUGCCGAAAACCAAACUGUGGUCUGUAAUGUAUUUUUGUUGAUGUUUGAUUUUGUAAAUUGUAUUUACUUUAGUUAUUUGAUGAUGAUGAUGAUGAUGAUGAAAUUAAGCUUUUGGCAACAAUGUGUAAAUUGUUCCACAGUAUGACGAAGACGAAGAUGUCUUUGGUUUAUCUGAAGUUUAAGUACCGUACAUAAGGUUUAUUUUCUGAUCUCCACGAUCAGUGUAAAAUAUCACAUCAGAUAACCAUCUGUGUCUUUUCCAGAUGGAAUCAGUGACUUGCUGCUUUAAUCCAUAUCUUAUUUUUUAAACCAUCAGCGAUAUCGUUUUACUAUAUCAUAAAUGCUUUUACAAUUCACUGUAUGCCAGGUUCCUUCCCACACUCCUCUGUACAGAAAUAAAAACAAAGCACCCCGUAAAUAGACAUGACACCUUGGUACGUCUCAAAUGGCACCCUAAUACCUGUAUAGUACACUACGGCCCUGAUCAAAACGAAUACUCUAUAUAGGGAAUAGGGUGCCAUUUUGGAUGUAGACAUUGAUGUAUACAGCUGUACUGCGUUCCUGUUGUAUCUUUCUCUACGUAUCGGACCGUUAAUAUACAGGUGCUAGCCUGGUCCCGUAUCUGUUAUGUCUACCCAAACAUUUGGCAUGACAAUGACCAUAGGAGUUGACAAGACCGCACAAACAGAUCUGGGACCAGGCUAUACAGGUGAUUCUUUGAGAGCCAAACAGAACCCUUAUAGGGACCACGUAUGCGGCGUCCAUAUUAGGACAGUGUCAGACUCAAAAUAAGUGUGACGCUCUCCUAAUAUGGACGCCGUAAAUGUGUCAUAUACUAGCGUGCUUGGACCAAACAACACUCCAAAGUUAGCUUCUUCAAACAGAACAGGGUUCCUUUUUAAGCAACUGUGUGCCUGACUAGUAAAUUGUUGGUGAAAAAGCAUUACAUUUAGAAGGAGUCUUGACAUAAUCAUCCAUUUUUAACUACCGUACGCACUGCAAAAAAAAACCUCCCCAAAUAUGACCUGAGUACACAACUUUCCCUUUUUUGCUGCGACUAUAUCUUUCAGUGCUCUUAGAUCACAAGUACAUGAAAUAGACUGGUCUCCAAAGCUCCAGAGCUCAGUGAUUUUAUUAAUAGCAGGCCUAUGAAUUAUCAGCAUCGUAACCAUGAUUACAGCUUGCCCCUUCCAAACUCUUUAAUGUGUGCUUCUCCCAUCACUGCCAUGUUUUUUUUUAUUUUAUUUUUUUGAAUUCUCAAUUUCUCAGGAAAUUGCCUCUGUUGUUUGGAGAAUUUCUCUCUGUGUUGUUGUUUCAAUGUUACAGCCUUGAGUUUUCAAUUGAUCUGCUUCUAGAAGGUUCCUACUGAGAUUUCAUAAUUUUGCUUCUUCUUCCCUCCCCAUCUCAUGAUUUGUCCCUGUUUAUUUGUAUGGCGAAUGUUUUGUGUUGUCAUUGAAGUGGUACAAUGUAUAGCAUGUCCAUUAAGUAGCAUCAUGGCCUUUUGAUGUGAUCAGGAGGAACUGAUGCUAAGACUUGACGCAGCCUGAAAUGAGACCGUCAUUGGAACAGCAUAGUGACUGUCAAAGUGGUUUGUGGCUAUCCCCACAUUACGAAGCGUGAAUAAGAAAACAGUUGACGUUUGGUUGACCAUCUCAUGCAAUAUAACAUGGUUAUAUCUGUCGACAUACAUGUUAUGAACUGUUGUGACCGCUUAAGGUCCAUCUCUCAUCAACUCACGUUAGCUGACCAUGAACCGUUUACGCCCAAACAGUUUAGGGCAGUUUCCUGAACCCAUAUUGACUAUUCCUGGACUAAAAAGAUCUUUCAGAAGAACAAUGGAACAUUUUCAAAUGGGCAUGAUUUUUAGUCCACGCUUAAUUGUGGUCUGGGAAUCUGUCCGAAAAUGACCCAUCCAGUCAUGCCUGCUCAUACUAUUGCCUUCCCAAGCCCUGGUUUGAGAAGAUUCUGAUAAUUUAUUUUCCUCAUUUAUUUUCUUCCAAUUGUGGCAAAAUCUCAGUAGCUGUACAUUUUCCAAAUGAAAACUGCAUAGGAUCCAAUAAAGUACACAUCGAUCAAUUUCAGACAAACUGGCAGAGGAGUUUUUCCUACUUACAAUAAUUCUGAUACAUUUUUAAGAGUUUGACUUGAAGCAACUGUCACAAGUGUGCAGGUUAAUGUUCAUUAUGUAAAUAUGGUGUUAUUUCCUAUUUUGCAGAUGUACUACUUGUAAAUAAACGCAUCAAGGAGAGAUUAAACAUUUUUUGCUAAAUAAA